AUGGUCCCGGAGAUCUCUCAGCUCGUUGAAGCUCGCCGGGAAGAGGAGAAGAGGGGUAUUAUAGGCACUACCGCAUUUCAAGAACAGUAUGAUUUACUUUUGAUGCGACUAGAAGGCUACAAUGCAUUCGAAGAAGACACGAAUGGUCUUUGUUCACGCGAAGAGCAGGCUGCAGCUGUGAUGAUAUAUCAGCACGGUCUUAUCGUAUAUCUACAGGCAGCCUUUUUCCCGGACAUGCUUGCGGAUCCGAACCUCGCCGCCGAACUCGAUAAUCGAAUCGAGCAGACCAUGGGAGCCUUUUAUUCAUUGUUUGUUAGCGAGUCACCGUAUCGUCGAAUGCUACUCUGGCCGGGCACUAUGAUGGCCUCAGUCGCGAGACGUCAGGAGCACAUCCACGUGUUUCGUGCUGGAUUCAUUGCCAGAGCGUCGCGUACACCUGGUGCUGUAAAGAUGGGGGCAAGGAUAGUUGAACUUCUUUGGAGUGAUCCUGACUCUCGAGCCUUUGGUCCAAGAGUAAUUGUUUCUGUCUACAAGCUCUUAUAA